UUAGAUAACUGGAGAUUGCUCAGUCACAUAUGGUAAUACGGUUUUGGAGGCACCUUUUCACAAAGGUUCUCCAAUGUAAAGCUAAUGUACGAACUGACACAACGAUAAUGCCAACAAGAUCGAUACAAAGUCCUCCUGAAAAAAAGCUGAAACCGAAUCAAGGCUCGAUUAAUUCGAUACGAAACUCAAACAUCUCUACCGAACAUAACCUCAAUACGGACAUAAUGGUCAUUAGCAAAAUGCAAACAGAAAAUCAAACACAGGAGACAUCCGUUUGUGUUUCAAAACAACCACGAGAGAAAGUUACAUAUUUAGAAACGCCUGUUAAGUCGGAGAACGACAAGAAAGAGUACAGAGUGAUCAAAUUGGAAAAUGGCUUAACUGCUUUGCUAAUUGCUGACCUACACUCCUUUUGUACCCAAGAUGAUGAGUUCACUGAUAAAGAGGAUGUAAUAAAUAUUGAAAAUAAAAAAGGAGAUGAAGAUGAAGAGACUGAAAGUGAAGAGGAUGAAGAAGAAGAAAGUGAAGAAGAGAGUGAAGAAGAGAGUGAUACAGAGGAUAAUCAAUCAGACGAUGAAAAAGAUGCUGAUUCAUGUGCUUACACCAAACCAGUAAAAGGAGAAGAGAAAAUGGCAGCAUGUGGAUUAACUGUGGGUGUAGGAAGCUUCAGUGAUCCACCAGAAAUUCCAGGUCUGGCACAUUUUUUGGAGCAUAUGAUUUUCAUGGGAUCAGAGAAAUAUACUGAGGAAAACGAUUUUGAUAUGUUUAUUAAAAAAAGAGGUGGAUCAGACAAUGCCUCGACUGAUUGUGAAUUAACAACAUUCUAUUUUGAAAUACAAGAAAAGCAUCUUUUAGCUGCCCUUGAUCGUUUUGCUCAAUUUUUUAUUAAACCUUUAAUGAGGAAGGACGCUAUAACGAGAGAACGUGAAUCUAUAGAAAGCGAGUUUCAGAUGGCCUUACCCUCUGACUAUUGUAGAAAAGAACAAUUAUUUAGUAGCUUUGCGCAGCCAAAUCAUCCAGCUACAAAGUUUUGUUGGGGUAAUUUAAUUACAUUACGAGAUAAUGUAACUGAUGAAAAACUUUAUGAGGAGUUGCAUAAGUUCAGGGAGCGUCACUAUAGUGCUCACAGAAUGAAACUUGCCAUACAAGCCAGACUUCCACUGGAUGUGCUAGAAGACUAUGUAAUACAAUGCUUUGCAAAUGUACCAAGUAAUGGCUUACCACCUGACGACUUUACUCCCUUUAAGGGCACAGAUUCGUUUAAUACACCAAGUUUUAGAAGAAUUUAUAAAAUCAAACCUAUAAAAGAUGUUUGCCAAGUGGAGUUGACAUGGUGCAUGCCACCUCUUCACGAUAUGUAUAAAAUCAAGCCGCAUCAGUAUAUUGCCUGGAUCAUGGGAUACGAAGGAAAAGGUUCUUUGAUUAGUUACUUAAGGGAAAAGAUGUGGUGUCUUGGGAUUUUCAGCGGAAAUACAGAAAGGGGCUUCGAACACAAUUCAAUGUAUGGGUUGUUUAGUGUGUCUUUAAUGUUGACGGAGCAAGGACAUAAACACCUACCGGAAGUAUUAAACGCCACAUUCUCAUUUAUCAAUUUAAUGCGAAAAGAAGGCCCGCAAAAACGAAUUUAUGAUGAGAUCCACCAAAUUAAGGAAAUGAAUUUUAGAUUUACAGAUGAGUUUCCGCCAGCAGAAUAUGUGGAGGAUUUGUGCGAAAACAUGCAUUAUUAUCCUCCUCGUGAUUACAUUACUGGCAGCGAAUUGUAUUGUGAAUAUAAUGCAGAAGCUAUACAAACCUGUUUAAAUUAUUUAACACCUAAUGAUGUGAACAUUAUGAUACUUGAUAAAAAAUUCAAGGAUGAAGAAUUCGAUAAAGUGGAACCUUGGUUCAAAACUAAAUAUACAAAUAUGGAGAUUCCUCAAGAAUGGAUAGAGUGCUGGAAAAUUAUGGAACCUUUGCCUGAAUUUCAUUUACCAUUACCCAAUAUGUAUAUCACGGAUGAUUUCAGUUUAAUCUCGAUACCACCUGGUGUACCCAAGUACCCCACAAAAAUCUAUUCAGAUGAGAUAGUAGAAGUUUGGUACCGACCUGAUCCGAAGUUCGGCUUGCCUGAAUGUUAUAUGUAUUUUUGUAUCAUAUCACCAAUGGCUGUUUGUUCACUGAAAGGCAUAGUCAUAAUGGAUCUAUUUGUUGCUAUAUUGAAGCAACUGUUAGUGGAAACAUUGUAUCCAGCCACGAUUGCUGAAUUAAACCAUGCUAUUUACACGAACGAAAAGGGUAUUAUGCUUAAAAUGAAUGGAUUCAAUCAGAAGUUACCACUUUUGUUAAUGACUAUUGCGAAGUGUAUAGCUGAUAUUCCGACAUUAAUAACUAAAGAGUUUUUCGAAGUGAUGAAGAAAGAACAAACUAAGGAAUAUUAUAAUAACUUAGUAAAACCCAAAAGCUUAGUUCGAGAUGUAAGAUUAUCAAUUCUAAUGCUCGUCUAUUGGACGGCCGCGGACAAGCACACUGCCAUUCAGAAUGUGGAAUUUUCUGAAUUUCAAAAUUUUGUUCAACACUUUACCGAUCACAUUUACAUUCAAUCUUUGGUACAAGGAAACAUGACACAAGAAGAUGUGAUAAAAAACAUUCAAGAAUGUGUAAAGGUACUGAAGUGUGGACCAUUGUUGCCUAAUACUAUGCCACACGUGAGAGUGGCGCAAAUACCAAUUGGUUCACAUUAUUGUAAAGUAAGGAACUUCAAUAGCAUCGAUAUAAAUUCUGUUGUAAUGAAUUACUAUCAAUCCGAUGUCUCAUCUAUUAGAUUGUUAGUUAUUAUCGAACUAUUAAUUACGAUUAUGGAAGAGCCUGUUUUUAAUCAACUUAGAACACUGGAGCAACUUGGUUACAAUGUCUUCUGUCUAUUAAGGGAUACCUUUGGUAUCCUCGGUUAUACUGUCACAGUGUACACUCAGGCAGACAAAUACAGCACCGAAUACGUAGAUAAUAGGAUAGAAGCAUUUUUGGAGAUGUUUAAUAAUAUUUUGAAAGAGAUGUCGGAAAAGGAGUUAGACAGCGUUAAGGAAGCCGUGAUAAAAUUAAAACGGUGUGCGGAUAUACAUUUGAAAGAAGAGGUUGAUAGGAACUGGUCAGAAAUUGAAAGUGGCGAUUACAUGUUUGAUAGAAUAGAAAAGGAAUUGAGUGUAAUCGAAUAUAUCAAGAUUGACGAAUUGAGGGAAUGGAUGAAGUCUCACACAUUUAAUGGGAGCAAUUUCAGAAAAUUAAGCGUGCAUGUAGUGGGAAUUGCUAAACCAUCUGAUACAGAGAAUAACGAUGGUGUUGGAACAUUAGCAAAUGCAGCCAACUCCGAUUCGGCUAAAAGAGACACAAAAGUAGAGAAAUAUGGGAAGGUAAAGUAUUCAUUGAAUUAUGUUCCUACCACAGAAGAGACUGACAAAUCUUUGGUGCACAUCACUGAUAUUGAGAAGUACAAAAACCAGCUGUACAUAUAUCCUGUAAAUCAUACCACUUUAUGAUGCUAAAUAAAACUAAUAAAAUUUAUAGUCAUAUCUGAAAAAAUUUUGAAAUCAGAAUAAAGAUGCGACAAAUAAU